AUGAAGGUUUCGACUCUUCUCUCUUCCGGCCUUUUCUCCGUCGGUGCCCUGGCCACCGCCAUUGGCUCGACUUGCAAAUGCUUCCCCGGCGAUGCUUGCUGGCCUUCGACACAGGAAUGGAACAAGCUCAACGAGACCGUCUUUGGCAGACUGAUCGCUACCGUGCCCCUCGCUGAGGCAUGCCAUGGCGACAAGUACGACAGCGCAAAGUGCUCCAGCCUCCAGUCUUCGUGGCAGACUCCCGAUACUCACAUGGUUGACUCGGCUUCUAUCAUGGCCCCAUUCUUUGCCAACCAGAGCUGCGACCCCUUCACUUCUAAGGACAAGCCCUGCACCCUGGGCAACUACGUGAGGUACGCCGUCGAUGUCCGGACGGCUGCCGAUGUGGCCGCCGCCGUCAACUUUGCCCACAAUCACAACAUCCGCUUCGUCAUCCGCAACACCGGCCAUGACUACCUUGGCCGUUCCACCGGUGCCGGUGCCCUCUCUGUCUGGACCCAUAACUUGAAGGAGAUUGACUUCAAGACCUGGAAUGACAAGUACUACUCUGGUCCUGCCGUCAAGCUUGGUGCCGGUAUCCAGGGUUAUGAGGUUCUCGCUGCGGGCAAGCCCAAGGGUCAGGUCGUCGUUGGCGGCGAGUGCCCUACUGUCGGUAUCUCUGGUGGCUAUACUCAGGGUGGUGGUCACUCGGCUCUCAGCACCAGCUUCGGUCUGUCUGCUGACAACACCCUUGAAUGGGAGGUCGUCACUGCUGAUGGCCGUUUCGUCAAGGCUUCUCGCACCCAGAACACUGACCUCUACUGGGCUCUCUCCGGUGGUGGCGCCGGUAACUAUGGUGUCGUUAUCAGCAUGACCAUCAAGACCUUCCCCGAUGCUAAGGUUGGUGGCGCUACCCUCUCCUUCUUCUCUGCUGAGAACCCUACCGAGAAGUUCUAUGCUGCCAUCGAUGCUUUCCACUCUGCCCUCCCCGAUAUGGUUGCCGCCGGUACCAUGGUUGUCUACUAUUUCACCAGCACCUUCUUUAUGAUCUCCCCCAUGACUGCCUACGGCAAAUCCGAGGAGGAGGUUAAGGACAUCAUGGCUCCCUACCUCAAGACUCUUGAUACCAUGGGCAUCAAGUACACUGCCGGCUACACCGAGACGGAGACCUACUAUGACCACUACGACAAGUACUUCGGCCCUCUCCCCACCGGCAACAUCCAGGUCGGCAUUGCCCAGUACGGCGGCCGUCUCAUCCCCGUCGACACCGUCAAGAACAACGCCACUGCCUUCGCCAAGACCGCCCGCUUCAUCGCCGAGUCCGGCGUCACCUUCAUCGGUGUCGGUACCGAUGUCUCCAAGUUUGGCCAGAACGAUCAGAACGCCGUCCUUCCAGCCUGGCGCAAGGCCCUCGUGCACGCCACCCUUACCACUCCUUGGUCGUUCGAGCCCCAAGACUGGGACAAGAUGCUGGAGAACCAGCACCUCAUGACCGAUGUCAUCAUGCCCGCCAUUGAGGAGGCCACCCCGGGCUCCGGCGCCUACAUGAACGAGGCAAACUUCCAGCAGCCCGACUUCCAGCACCAGUUCUUCGGCAGCAAGUACAGCAACCUUACGUGCAUCAAGGAGAAGUACGACCCCAAGAACUUCUUCUACGCCACUGCCGCUGUCGGUAGCGAGGCCUGGACCAUUGCCAACGAUGGUCGCAUGUGCAAGUCUGCUUAA